CCGCCAUCCCCAUUACUCCCACCGCAGCAUCCCCCCCCCGUCGCAAUCAUGGUGCAGGACGCGCCUCAGACCAACACCACCCCCAAGCCUGACUCUGGCAUCAUCUCUCAAGACGCCGAGGCGGCGCAAUGGUCUCCAGAAAAGGUGCUGGCCGAACUGCCCUCGCGCCCUGAAGCCAACAGCGAUUCGCCCCUUCCCUUCUUCCACAUCCUCGAGCGUCUGAAGACUACCAAGCGCGAGGGCUGGCGCAGGUUCGGAAUCAACCACGGAGAAUCUAUUUCCGAUCACAUGUAUCGGAUGUCCAUUCUGACCAUGUUCGCCCCGCCGUCGCUCGCUUCGCGCAUCAACAUCCAGCACUGCACUCGGAUGGCCCUAGUUCACGACAUGGCAGAGGCAAUCGUCGGCGACAUUACACCCAUCGACCCAGUGUCCAAGGAGGAAAAGUCUCGCCGCGAGACUGUGACUAUGGAUUACUUGUGCAAUAACCUGCUGGGCCGUGUCGCCGGCGGUCUGACCGGGCAAGACAUUCGCAAGCUCUGGCAGGAGUAUGAGGACAGCGAGACGCUCGAAAGCAAGUACGUCCACGACAUUGACAAGAUGGAACUGCUCCUGCAGAUGAUGGAGUAUGAGCGUAACCAAGAGGGUCGCCUGGACAUUGGCGAGUUCACCUGGGUUGCCACCAAGAUUGUCCUACCGGAGAUCAAAGAAUGGGCCGACCAAGUGUUUGAAGAAAGGAGGCAGUUUUGGAUUAAGAUUGGGAAGGAGCCUUCAUGGGGUACGGCUAGGCGGUAGUUGCGUGGGGACAAGAAUUCGGGAAGAUGGUGUUAUUUAAGGAAGUGGACGGCGUGGGGUUCGGGAUAUCAGCGCUGAACGCGCAUAUUCUUGGGCAUCCGCCCCUUUUUCGCGUUUGGGUGAGAAUUAAUUCCGCCGAGUUGCUACCGUACUUGAGGGUCGGCAUUGCACAGAGACAUUUGUACGUAUUUCAGCGUUCACUGCGAUACGAUCACGAUAUCGCCCAGAUGAUUGCUUACCACAACACAAUGAUGUCCUUGUACCGGGAAGUCUACCACGGC